CAGCUCUAGACUAUGAAUGGUGAGCCUCCACUCUUCUAACAUACAGGCAAUAAAAGCAAAAUUACAGGGAAAGAUUUCAAACCAUGGAGCUGAAAUGCACAUCCGGUCCUAAUGGAAGAACCAUGGAAGAAUAUAAAUAUUCUAAUGCAGAUUUUAAAAUACCGGGCAUCACUUGGCAGAAAAGAAGAGAAUAUGCAGACAAUCAAGACUUCCUUUCUGCCUUUGAUAAAGCCCUGAGAUGUAAAUGGGCAGAGAAAAUGGAGCAGGGGCUCUUCCGCUACCCGCUGUGGAGCUUGCAGACAAGGAUCUUGCCAGGGAGAGUGAAAUAUGUCGCACAGCUGAACAUCAAGAGAGGUAUAGAGAGGAGAAAACCUCAGGACAUUAGGAGUAUCCAAGAGAAAUUCAAUCCCAGCCAAUUCAAUUUUAGUAAAAUUAGGUCGGAGGAAACUUUGUUUGAAAUGGUUAGAUCACCUCCAGGAAAGGCUGCUGAAAAUGAAGAUGCAUGUCUACAGAAUAAUCAUGUAGUCCCGGAUAGGUUUGUAGACUCCAGGUUGAAGAAAGGUUGGCAUAGCCGAACUCUUGUUGUGAUUAAUGUCAGCCCUCUGGAAUUUGGACACGUUUUAUUUAUUCCAGAACCAACUCUUUGUCUAAAUCAGAUCCUGAUUCCAGAUCUAGCUCUUUUUGGGAUGGAGUCCAUACUUCUUAGCGGCCACCCUGGCUUCCGAGUUGGCUUUAACAGCCUGGGUGGAUUUGCCUCAGUGAACCAUUUGCACUUACAUGGGUUUUAUCUGGAUGAAGAGCUUCUGAUAGAAUCAGCAUCCUGCAAGCCUUUGUGUCCCAAAACUAACUUCUACCUCCUGACUGACUUCCCUGCUCCUGGGUUCUUGUUUUACACAGAUGGGGAAGACUUGGUAUCUCUAUCUCAGAGAGUGUGCAGAGUUACAGACUAUCUUGUAGAUAGAAAUAUUGCACAUAACAUCUUUUUAACCAGGGGUUGUGACCCAGGGAAUACAGGCUGUCCUGAGUCCAGAGAAGGGAUCCGUGUGGUGAUCUGGGCAAGAAAGUCGUGUUUUGGCUCCAAAGAGGAAUCGGCAUUUAAUGUUGCACUUUGUGAACUUGCAGGCCACCUACCAUUCAAGAAUCAAGAAGACUUUAUUAAUAUGUCAGAGGAGUCUGUUAUUGCCAUCAUUAAGGAGUACCUCUUCUCAGAUGAGGAGUUCAGGAUUUUAUGUAUGGAGUUAGCUGAACAUUUAACAUCCUGAACUUAUG